UAUCUCUUAUAUUCCACGUGGCACAUUAUAGCUGGUCUGGAGAAGAGGAUGACUUGGUUCCGGGCCGUGAACUUUCGUCGAGUAUAAAAUGCUCUCCAAUUAGACGAAGCAACGAAAUUGAUAAUAAUCUCCACUUAACUUUGAGAGCCGAUCUACUCAGAAGAUGGCGCUGCGACGAGCCACCAGAGCAGCGAUCAGAGCCUGUGUUUCCUCUUCUUCUUCGGGCUACUUCGCACGUCAGUUACAUGCUUCUUCUGGUGAUAGCAAAAAGAUUGUUGGGGUCUUCUACAAGGCCAACGAAUACGCUUCCAAGAAUCCUAACUUCCUUGGCUGCGUGGAGAAUGCUUUAGGAAUCCGCAACUGGCUAGAAUCACAAGGUCAUCAGUACAUUGUCACCGAUGACAAAGAAGGCCCAGACUGUGAACUUGAGAAACAUAUCCCGGACCUUCACGUCUUAAUAUCCACCCCUUUUCACCCGGCUUAUGUGACUGCUGAAAGAAUCAAGAAAGCCAAGAACCUGCAGCUUCUCCUCACGGCUGGUAUUGGCUCCGAUCAUAUCGAUCUGCAGGCGGCUGCAGCUGCUGGCCUGACUGUGGCUGAAGUCACUGGAAGCAACGUUGUCUCGGUAGCAGAAGAUGAGCUGAUGAGAAUCCUGAUUCUCAUGCGAAACUUCUUACCAGGGUACAAUCAGGUCAUCAAUGGAGAGUGGAACGUUGCUGGCAUUGCCUAUAGGGCUUAUGAUCUAGAAGGGAAGACAGUAGGAACCGUUGGAGCUGGAAGAAUCGGAAGGCUUUUGCUACAGAGAUUGAAACCCUUCGGGUGUAACUUAUUGUACCAUGACAGGCUUCAGAUGGAACCAGAGCUGGAGAAAGAGAUUGGUGCUAAGUACGUUGAGAAUCUCAAUGAAAUGCUCCCUAAAUGCGACGUCGUAGUUGUCAACACUCCUCUCACGGAGAAGACAAGAGGAAUGUUCAACAGAGAGAUGAUAGGGAAAAUGAAGAGUGGCGUUUUGAUAGUGAACAACGCAAGAGGAGCCAUCAUGGACAGGCAAGCGGUGGUGGAGGCGGUCGAGAGUGGACACAUUGGAGGGUACAGCGGAGACGUGUGGGACCCACAGCCAGCUCCUAAGGACCAUCCAUGGCGUUACAUGCCUAACCAAGCAAUGACCCCUCACAUCUCCGGCACCACCAUUGAUGCUCAGCUACGAUAUGCGGCUGGGACAAAAGACAUGUUGGAGAGGUACUUUAAAGGAGAAGACUUCCCUGCCCAGAAUUACAUCGUCAAGGACGGUGAACUUGCUCCUCAGUACAGAUAAGCUUUUUCAACUCUCAAGUCUUUUGUAUGCAAAGGGCAAAGCUUACUAUUAAAUAAAUAAAUCAUCUAUGAUAUGAUAUCUCCCGUUGUCCUUUCGAAAAAUUGUAAAAGACCAACAAGAAAUGUAACGUUAAUAUUAUUAUUACAUUUAUGUUGAGCCUAGCUA